GGAACUGCUCGAGCUAGCACAGAUGAUUGUGUCGCGAGCGUAGCAACAGUACAACGGCUACAUGUCAACGGAGACUGACAACCGAUGAAACCUCUGUCGUCUAAAUAACCUCUACAGACCAGCAACGUCUUUCAAGAAAAUGAUUUCAGAGUUGUCCAAGCCAUCAGUAUGUAUGAAGGACCGUCAGAGGGUCCAGGAGAUCUUGGAGUCCAUGGUGAGGGCUGGCUCCAACACCGUGCAGGUUAUCUCAGAUUUUGACAUGACCUUAACAAGAUUUGCCUAUAAUGGAAAAAGAUGUCCCACUUGCCACAAUAUUCUUGACAACAGCAAACUUAUCUCCAACGACUGCAGAGAAAAGUUAAAAGAGCUGCUCAACACGUACUACCCUAUAGAGAUCGACUCUUCACGGUCAAUAGAAGAAAAGCUACCUCUAAUGGUAGAGUGGUGGACUAAAGCCCAUGAACUACUGGUUCAGCAGGAGAUCAGGAAAGACCUGCUGGCCAUGGUGGUGCGGGAAUCUGAUGCUAUGCUCAGGGAGGGCUACCAGCUCUUCUUUGACCACCUCCAUGAGCACAGCAUCCCUCUGCUCAUCUUCUCUGCUGGAAUAGGAGACAUUUUAGAAGAGGUUAUUCGCCAAGCUGGGGUCUUCCACUCCAAUGUCAAAGUUUUUUCCAACUACAUGGACUUUGAUGAAACUGGAGUAUUGAAGGCUUUCAAAGGAGAGCUGAUCCACAUCUACAACAAAAGAGAAGGAGCGCUGCUCAACACAGGCCACUUCCAUGAGCUGCGGACGCGGCCUAACGUGCUGCUACUGGGGGAUUCUCUGGGAGAUCUGACCAUGGCUGAUGGGGUGCAGGACAUGGAAAACAUCCUCAAGAUUGGCUUUCUCAAUGACAAGGUGGAGGAGAGAAAGCAGUCUUACUUGGACUCAUAUGAUAUAGUGUUGGUACAAGAUGAGACCCUAGAAGUCCCUAAUGCCAUCCUGCUCUACCUCACUGGGAAUAAAUGAACUGGGAACACCACAGGCUAGUUGGUAUCAGACACUCCGGUGCCAUCAGCUGAGGAGGCCCCCACUCAGAAAUGCCGGUUAAAGGCUUAUUGAAACCCAACUUAGAAUGUCUUGUGAUAUUUUGGUAUUUUACAGAACUAAACACAGUCCAGCCCAGUCACCUCACACGUUCACACGUCACCUUUUAGUACCUUUGUCCAUUGGCUUUCCUCUAAGUUGUAUGGUUACACGGCUUUUGGUCCUUACUGUGUGUGAUUGGGCCAUAUUUUCUGUGCAGCAUGUCAAGUUUGUGUGUAGUUAUGAGUGUUUUUAAAGUUUUGUUUUGGACAGAAUGAGUUUUUGUCAGAAAGUUUUGGUCCUUGUAUAAGAAGUAAUGAUAAAGGGAAAGAAAAACGCACAACAUACUGUAAAAGUGUUAGCACUCAUCUCAGCAUUUGGUAUAAAACUGAUUUCCAGCCUCUAACAAUAAAGAUUUUUUAUAGCUAAUUUUAAUCCAGUAUUUUAAAUAUGACUGUUACUACUGUGUCAAAACUCACAAUUUCUGCUCACAUUCUCUAAUGUACUGUAAGGGUUAUAAAUAAAUGGGACCUGUUUUUUCUUUAA